GCUUAAGUGGAAGUAGAUAAAGUAAUGUAUCGAAGAAAUAUGCACUACGGCUGACAUAAGCCAAGCGCAAGUUCAAUUGGAGCUGCGCGGUUCCUUCACUUUUUUUUCUUCUCCGCGCAGUGUGAAUAACACGCCCUGCUUGUCUUGUCUUUUCUUUUGUUCUUCUCUUUGGGCUAUUGGAGCUCUUCUAGCUGUCUUAUAGCGUUGUAAAUAAUCGUCUUCUGCGUGUAUCGCGAAUUUUACCUCUUCUCUCUUGGUCUGCCCGUCAGGGACCGCGGCGCGCAUACUCCAACCAGUUAUCCCUACGCCUUCGACUGAACGUCCUAAAUGAACAAUGCUUAUUUAACCCUCUCGUCUUACCGUUUAUGAUCGACCGGAUUUGAAUUCCACGUCCUUUUCGUUCAAUCCAUCAUCGUCGCCUUCGUUAUGGUCUUUCUACGCCUCACGGUCAAAAUCUACCCCCCCGAGCAGAUCCAGGCCAGCUCAUCUUUCUCCUUGCGCUCUAUCCUCAGCAGUGAUGAUGCCGCUCGUAACUCGUCCGGAGUGCCGGCUGGGAAGCCAGCGAGCUUCUUGCUCGUGUUGGAUAACCCGGAGGACGUGACGUUGGGUGGAUUGGCGAAGAUGAUUCAAGAAAAGUGGACAAAGUUACGCCCUAACGUGGAACCCCUGCAGAUCAAGAAGAUGCUCGACGACGACCAUGACACCGACGAUCUCGAUGUUGAUAUGACCGCCGCGGAUGUUUUUGUGGAUAGAGGCUUGGCUCAGAUCGAUGCUCGGGAUCAGCGUGGUACUCUCCGUGUGAUUCAGAAACCUACACCUUACUCGCCCGCGAGAUUUCCCUCUGUGACUUUGGACUGGGACGCGGCGGCGGAGGACUACGAGCGCAGGAUACUGGACAAGAGAGAAGCAGCUGCGACUUCUGUACACAAGUUUCCUACGAUUAUUGAGGAGGACUCCCAGGCUGGAUCUGUGUCUGGCAGUCAGGAUGAUGAUCACCAACGCACGCCCACGCCAACAGGCAACAUUACUCCCACUCACCAAACCGAUGACUUCGAACGGCGCCGGGAUAUGCCUGUCUUGUCGGUUGAAAAAGAGCAUGAGAUUCCCGGGUCGCCUGCACGCUGGGACGAGCAACCACACGUGCAGGAGCAGGACUCGCAAGACAACAACGAGAAAACAAUCGAGGCAACACCACAACAUAGACGGUUUGAGAGCCAGGAAUUGGGUGGCUCACCAACCCCGACGCGUCCCUCUGCGCUGUUGUCCAAAAAAACGGCUGCCAUGUCGCAACCACGCGCUCCUAUGGCGGCACCGCUUCGUCACAAGACACGGUCUCUAACCCGGCGCCGUAUCUCCCAGUUAAUGAAACCUGUUGAGGAUGACGAAAACCAAGGCGAAACCAACGAACAAGACAAUGAAAGACGGGAAGAAGAAGGUGGAGAGGACGGCCAUUUCGAUUAUGAUGGUGACGUUGCAAUGGACGACGGUAGAAUUGCUCCGGAUACUUUUACUUCUGCCAGGGAGGUAGUGCCCGAGCAAGACCUCCCAAAUGACAACGCUCCCGAAUCGCGUGUAACCCGCCUUGGUAAGAGAAAGAAGAGCCAGGAAGAUUUGCAGUCAAACAAGGAGCCUCGACUCAACAGGGCCAGUACCCCAACCCAAGAGACCCUCGAACCUCGCGGUAGCAGUCCUUCUGCCAUGCGGACGAGCGAACAAGCAUCUUCAUUUUCCGGACCUAGGCGUCGUCCAAGCAUCGCGGAACAACACUCGCCUCCAAGACGGGGUCUUGGGCUCGGAAUCACGAAGAGUCCCCCGCGGAAACAGCCGACCAAGCAUGACUCAAAGAGUUUGAACAAUGCCUCCAAGCUCGCCUUCGUCGAUUCGGCCAAGAAAAGGGAGCAGCCGUCGAGCCAGGCAUCCAUUACUGCCGCGCCUGUGUCGUUCAGUAGUGCUCGCAAGUCGCUAACGCAGAACGAUUCAACACCUGCCAAACCGCAGACCCCCGCAGACAAAGUUAAGUCGGCUUUGCGCAAAGAGGCAUCAGCAGACAAGCGUCGCUCCGUAUCGUUUUCUGAGAAGAACAGUGUGUUUCCGGUUACUGAUGAUUCUCAGUCAAGACCGCCUUCAGGUCCUGGAACUAAAGACCCAGAGAAGGCCAAGGAAAAGAGGGCAAAAUCACCCAAGGACAAGGCAUGGGACAAACCAUCGACUUCAAGCGUAACAGUAUACCCUGGAGGUGUCACUGCGGAGAAGCUUCAGCAAAUAUUCGAGGAACAACAGCGAGAAGCCGAAAAGAAAAAGCAGGAGCAAGAGGAGAUGAACCGGGAGAUGAGAGAAGCAGAAGAGCGUAAUGCAAGCUCCGAGUAUCUGGAGCUGCUGGCGGACAUCCAAAGAACUCGGGCGUUUAUCUCGGAAAACAAGGACAGUGGCCGGCAAAAGACCCAAAAGCAGGUUACCAGCUAUCGUGCCAAGUUGGAUGCACAGUUAUUGGAGCUAGAGUACUUAAAAACCAACCCGAACAGUCACUCGAAGACUCCGGAGAAAAAGAAAAAGAAGAAGCGUGCCUCGCAAGCUGCUGCUGAGGAGAAAGGCGAAGAGACCAAUACCCCGUCGUCAACCUCCAAGGAGUCUGGUUCUGCGGAAAAGACGAAGGCAGCUCGUCGCGAAAGCUCGUCGAAACGAUCUACGAAAUCGCCCCACAAACAAACCGAAAGUGAAGAAGUUGUCCCUAUUGACAUGAAGACAAAUGGUGAUUCUGCGCAGACCACCGAUGAAGUUGAAGCUAGCCAGGAAUCUGAAACGGCUCAUGUCGAGACCCCUUUGCAGCCGAAGCGCAAGACAACUUCUGCUAGUAAGGCUCAAAAUACAGAGCCGAUUACUGCGUCGCCUAGGAGGACUAGUCGCUCUCACCGCUCGUUGCGCGCGGUUGAUGGGGCUGAUGCAAUGGAUAUAGACCAACCGUCGCAGCCACAGCGUGAACCUGGGAUUCAGCAAGAAAAAGAGCAGCAGUUGGAGUCGGAGCAGCAGGUGAACGGACAAUAUAUGGAGAUGGAACAAGGGGCGGGACCAGAGCAGGAAGGGAAGCGGGAACAGGAACAGCCGCAGGAGCCUGAGCCUGUACUGGAACCUCAGCCCCAGGAUCGGGAAGAAGAAAAUGGCUACGAAGAUGGUGAGGAGCAGGAGCAGGGCCAAGAACAGGAGCAGGGCCAAGAGCAGGAGCAGGGCCAAGAGCAGGAGCAGACGGAAGCCCGAGAGCCUGAACGCGAGUUCGGACCCGAAUCCGAACCCGAGCCUGGGCCUGAGCCUGAGCAGCACGAACCCGAAAUAGAACCCGAGUCUGAACAGGAGCCAGCACAAGAGCGAGAGCGCGAGCAAGAACAGCAAGCCGAGCCCGAGCCUGAGCCUGAGGCAGUGCAGGAAGCGGAACUUAAAUUAAAGCAGCAACCACAAGGGGCGGAGGAACUCGAAGAGCAGCCCCAAGAGCAGCCUGUUGAACAGCUCGAGGAACAACCCCAAGAGCCAGAGAUGGUGCCAGAAACCUCUCAGCCCCAACCUCAGGAGCCACAGGAACCAUGGCAAGCAGAACCUGGGCAGCCCGAGCAACAAUCACCACAAAAGCCACAAUCUCAGCAGUCUCGACUUUUGUCCCAGGAACAAUCGCAGAGCUUUCCCAUGUCUGAUGAUGUGAACUUGCCUGAAAUGGAGACGAUUCGUACUUUAGACCAAUCGAAGAAACCCAAAGAGCAGUCUACACCGCAACCUACACCGCAACCUACCACUGAAGAACCGAAGCCAGCCUCGUUGGAACAAGGAGAAGACAAGGAAUCUUCUGGGGAUGAUGACGAGACUGACUCCGAAACUGGGACUGACUCCGACUCUGACUCCGACUCAGGGUCCGACGACGAAGAACAAGGACCGGAAUUGACCAAGGCCGAUCUACUCCGCCGCGCCAACGGCGCCAACGGGACUAGCUCCGCGCGCAACAGCAUGGCCAAAUCCCCUGCUCCCUCGCAGCAGCAACUACCGCAAUCCCAACCACUCCCGCAAAACCGCUACUUCUCACCCCGGGGCUCUUCGCAGCCCCCGGCCCAAUCACAGCCUCAACCACACAUCCAACCUUUUCAAUCUGUCAACAAGCUCUCGAGCGCGCGCGCCAGCCUUCAAGGCCUUAGGAACGUCAUCACCGCCCAAAAACAAAAUUACGAUGCGCAGUUACAGGAGGCGCGUAUGGCGACUGUUACCCGGAAGAAGGAUGUCUUCGACCCCCCGUCAGACACGACGACGAAAGUGAUGCGGAUAAUGGAGAUAUUCAUUCGACUGGGACGGUUGGGAAGUUGAGGAAAGCGUUGCAGAAGAAAUAGCUGGGAUUUGUUUGCUGAGGGUAAUGUAUCUAUGGCUUGAUUAGCGCAUGAAAUGUAUAAU